AUGCUAGUAAUUCAGUCUACCCUGUAUUGGCAAACUGUUACUCCUGAAACAUCUCUCGUGCUGGAAGAACUUGAAUCUGUCGAAGCAACAGGUACAUCGGAAAUUUCUUCAAGCGGGCUUAAAAGUUGUCAUGAACCUAAAUUAAAGCAGGAGCUGACUGAGUCUGUAUAUUACAUAACUGAAAAUAAUUUAGCGUUGUUUGAUCUUAAAACUAACUAUCAUCGUAUAUUUCAUAGCAAAUUAGACGUUCACCAUUUCUAUCCCAAUCUGAGUAUAGUGAUUAGUUCGCAGUUAGGUAAUACUCCUGCAACUCAGAGCGCAAGCAAGUUAUCAACUAUGGUACCUGGCUCUAUAAUGGCUACUGAUUCUUCUCUAGGAACUAUGGCACCUAGUUCUCCAUUGGCUAUUGAUUCUUCUUUAGGAACUAUGGUAUCUGGCUUCACAAUGGCUACUAAUUCUUCUGUAGGAACUAUAGUACCUGGCUCUACAAUGGCUACUAAUUCUUCUUUAGUCUUGAACAGCUCACAAGAAACAGUCUUGUCGUCGACAGUGACAAAAAUACCAACCCCUGUACAAGCUACAAAUCCUCCUUCAGUCUUGACCAGCUCACAAGAAACAGUCUUGUCGUCGACAGUGACAGAAAUACCAACCCCUGUACAAGCUACAAAUCCUCCUUCAGUAACAACUAGUAUGCCAAUUUCGACCACUACCAUGCCUCCUUCAGGCGAUCUUUGCGUUUCCCGAGCUGAUUGUAAUGAUCGAGGGCCAUGCAUAAAUAUUACUGACAUCAAUCAUAAAAUCUGCAGAUGUGAGAUUGGUUAUUUUGGAAAUAACUGUCAAUUUCGUGACGAGCUUGCACUUCGAAAGUAUUUUGAAGAUAAUAACUGGAGGGCAGUGGCCUGCAUUUUUAUUGCAAUUAGUUGCAUUCUGGCUGUUAUUCUUGCGGGCUUGUUAAUUCACAGUUGCAGAGCUAAGCCGCAAUCUGCCUCAGCAGAAAUAGAAUUAUUAACGAAGAAAUAUAGACGAGAAGCAGGAUUAAAUGAUUCUCACAGUAAUACACAUUCUCGAGUCCGUCAAAGCGGUACCAGACAACCCAAUCUACAUGACGAACAUGAUCUCGGCGUUUCCAAUCCAACUUAUUCCGGGACUGCCGGUCACCAUCAUGGAAAUGGAAAUCAACAUGCCUAA